CAAAAUUGAUGGGAAAGUAACAAAAAGGAAGGGGAAGGAAAUUAAGAAACAAGAUUUACAACAAAGUUCAAAAGUAUGGGAACAUUUUACCAAGUUUGUGGAUGAUAAAGGAAAGCUACGUGUAUGCAUUGUAAAAAGGUUCUAUGUGCUAACUCAAGGAAUAAUGGGACUGAAACAAUGAAAAAUCACAUAAUAAUCUGUAAAUUGAAUCCUAAAAGCUUGAAAAAUCAAAAGCUGCUUGGUUUGGGUAGGUUUUAUAGUGUUGAUGAUGGUGAAGGGCAUGAUGUCACUAAACUUACCACUUGGAAAUUUGAUCAUAAUGCUAUGAAAAGGGAUGUAGUUGAAAUGAUAAUCAUUGAUGAAACCAUGGCCAAGCUUUGUUACGAUAUAUAUGUUGAUGAAAAGGUAGUUCUUAAGAAUUACUUCAAAGAGUCCAAGCAAAGGGUCUCCUUCACUACUGAUUCUUGGACCUCACAGCAAAGAGUAUCAUUUAUGAGCUUGACUGCUCAUUAUAGUAAUAAGAAUUAGAAGCUACAUAAGAAGAUACUUACUUUUUGUCCUGUCAAUUCUAAUAAAGGAGAAGAUUUGGGUGAUUUAAUUAAAUUAUGUUUGAUGGAUUGGGGAAUUGAUAGAGUGAAUGCCAUGACUAGUGAUACUACCUCUACUAAUGAUAGCAUUGUGAGAGUGGUUAGAAAGGCCAUAAAUGAGUGGGGGACUAUUAUCUUAGGAGGGUUUAAGCUACAUAUGAGGUGUGUAGCCCAUAUGAUCAAUUUGAUUGUGCAAGAUGAGGCCAAAACAAUGAACACUUCCAUCAAUAUAGUUAAAGUUGCUAUUAAGUUUAUUAAGCAAAGUCCCCAAAGGAUUCUAAGGUUCAAAGAAGUUGCUAUUAUUGAGAAACUUAAUAGCAACAAGCUAAUGAACAUGGAGACACCAACCAAGUGGAAUUCUUUGUACCUAAUUUUAGAGAUUGUGGAGAAGUAUGAACUAGCAUUUGAGAGGUCAGUUUUUAAACAAAUUAAUUAUUAUUUUCUACUUUUCCUUUAUAAUUUUAGAUUAUUCUUGUCACGCCCCAAAACCCGAAUUCGAGGCGCGACAGACGCCGUGCACUCGUGAACGGGUCCCACGAAUGCACAAGGCUCGGAACUUAUCUAUUUCACAAAAUCUCAUGAAUAAAAUCA